AUGUCCGACACCCAGAACGGCGCUGCCAACGGCACCUCGGCCACCACCGCCAACGGCGCCACGCCCAUCCCGAACAAUGCCUCAGCCUCCUUCGCCGUCAAGGCUGGCCUCGCCCAGAUGCUCAAGGGCGGCGUCAUCAUGGACGUGACCGACGCCGCCCAGGCGCGCAUCGCCGAGGAGGCCGGUGCCUGCGCCGUCAUGGCCCUCGAGCGCGUCCCCGCCGACAUUCGCAAGGACGGUGGUGUCGCCCGCAUGUCCGACCCCGCCGUCAUCCGCGAGAUCCAGGCCGCCGUCACCAUCCCCGUCAUGGCCAAGGCCCGCAUCGGCCACUUUGUCGAGUGCCAGAUCCUCGAGGCCCUCGGCGUCGACUACAUUGACGAGUCCGAGGUCCUGACCCCCGCCGACAAGGACGCCCACGUCGACAAGUCCCCCUACAAGGCCCCCUUUGUCUGCGGCUGCCGCAACCUCGGCGAGGCCCUGCGCCGCAUCGCCGAGGGCGCCGCCAUGAUCCGCACCAAGGGUGAGGCCGGCACCGGCGACGUCGUCGAGGCCGUCACCCACGUCAAGACGGUCAAGCGCGACAUUGCCCGCGCCCAGGCCCUGCUCGCCACCGAGGGGGAGACGGGCAUCCGCGCCAUGGCCCGCGAGAUUGGCGCCGACCCCGUCCUGCUGCGCCAGGUCGCCGAGCUCGGCCGCCUGCCCGUCGUCAACUUUGCCGCCGGCGGCGUCGCCACCCCCGCUGACGCCGCCCUCAUGAUGCAGCUCGGCUGCGACGGCGUCUUUGUCGGCAGCGGCAUCUUCAAGUCCGGCGACCCCGCCAAGCGCGCCCGCGCCAUCGUCCGCGCCACCACCCACUACCAGGACGCUGCCGUGCUCGCCGAGUGCUCGACCGGCCUCGGUGAGGCCAUGGUCGGCAUCAACUGCGACACCAUGAAGGACAGCGAGAGGCUCGCCACCCGCGGCUGGUAG